GCCCAUUGGGCUGCCUUAAUGUGAAAUGCAGUAGCCUACAUAGACCCUAACUAAAUACACCUUGUCUUGCUUUGCAGGUGGAACAGCACUUACGAGAUGCUCGAGCGCCUGCGUGAGCAGAGGGAGCCAGUAGGUGCAGUGCUGGCCUCUCUGCGCACUGACACUUCACCACUACAUGCAACUGAAUAUGAGGCAAUCAAGGAAUGCUUAGACCUCCUUGGUCCAGUGAAGCAAGCAACAUCAGAACUCUCCGCCGAAAUUAUCGUAUCUGGAUCGAAAAUAAUCCCACUCACCAAAAUGCUCCGCCACACAAUCACAAACAAACAGCACCACCUCACCACAGAAAUAGCCCGGACCCUUGCAACAAACCUCAUCAAUCAGAUGACCGAGCGCCUGUCCCACUAUGAAGCUGCCGGUCAGCAUUCCCUUGCCACCCUCUUAGACCCCCGAUUUAAAACAAUGGGAUUUGUCAGCCACACACAUCAACAAAAUGCCGUAAAAAAAACUAACAAAGGAGUGCGCCCUGGUCAUCCGCCAAAAAACACCACCAGAGGCACCCCCCGCUCCCCCAUCACAGCCAUCAACUUCUCAUGCCCCAACCAGCUCAUCAGGACUCUGGGACCUGCUGGAUUACGAGGUGGAGGAUCGCCGUCAUAUAAAGAGCGCCUCGGCAAGCGCAACGGUGGAAUGCACGCGCUAUUUUAAUGAACCCAAUAUCGCGCGUGGAGAAGACCCCCUGGCAUACUGGGCGCGAAACAAAGACCGCUAUCCUCACCUCUACGUUCUGGCACGUAACUUACUGUGCGUACCGGCCUCCUCAGUGCCGUGUGAGAGGGUAUUUUCGAAGGCUGGGGAUAUAAUAACAAAAAGAAGGAACCGGUUGAACCCCAACACUGCAGAGAAGAUCAUCUUUCUCAA